UUAAAACCCCAUUGACUCUUGAACUUGCUCUGAAAAUUUCCCGUUUUCCAUUACCCUCCUUUUUUCAUUCCAUAUAAGUCCAAACUUGGCAAAUCCCAUCUCAUAAGAAACAUGUCGAACAGAAUUUUCGAGGCCGAAGAAGUCGUAGAACACAAUAGUCCUAAGGACCUCUAUAUGGUUUUUGAGGGAAAAGUGUACGAUGUGACCCAAUUCGCCGAGGAUCAUCCUGGUGGUUUAGACAUUUUGUUGGAUUACGGUGGCCAAGACUGUACCAAGGCAUAUCGCGAUGUUGGCCAUUCAGCCGCUGCCGAUGAGUUACUUGAAGAAAUGUACAUUGGUGAUUUAAAACCCGGGGCAGAAGAAAAAUUGUUGGAAAUGAGGCAACCUCGUACCGAGGAAAACGACGCUCCCUCUAUCUUCAUGAUCCUUGCUUUGCUUAUCAUCCCUGCGUUAGCUGUAAUUGGUUAUGUAAAAUUCAAGGGUUAGACAAGGAUUUACUAUUCCAGGAUUAUGAAUAUCCUUAUAUUAUUAAUGAUUCAGAAAAUCAGAUGCAUACUGUAAUCAAGGCAUCAAGCAACAAUGACUUUGCUUUCUUUUUUACUAAGAUCUUUUAUAACAAUUAACGACAAAGUAUGAGUUCAUGUAGCAUUGGACAUCACAUAUUAAAUUAAUAUGCUCAUUAGUAUUAAAUUAUAUUCCAAAAACUGUAUAGAGUCCCAAAGUUUAAGUUUUUCUAAUCUGGAAACAUUGCAUUCCUUGAGGUUAAUCCAUAUG